GGGCGGUGCUUUCUCUUGUAGGCGUCGACUCCAGCUCUCCUUGAGGAAGCUCACCCUGACCAGUCUAUUUUCUUCUAAAUGAGCAUCCGCAUCCGAGCAUCAAUAUGAUGCCGUAUUUACUCACCGGCUUACCGUAGUUGUCCAACGGCGUCGUGCAAGAAAGGAUUAUCGGCAUCUUCCGUUUUCGUGCUCGAUUGUCUUGGGCACGGCGAGCCGCGAGAUCCGUGAACGCGCCGGAGCAGCUUCAGUAAUGACACCGAAAUUCAGACUGUCCCGGGCCUGAUAAACACUCCCUCUUCAAGAAGGCCUGUUCACGUCCACAGCGUGACACCCCUGCAGCAUCUCUCCACUUCCUGCAUCCCGCUUGCUCUUCUGUCAUGUCAAGCCCUAGCAGCAGUCCGGAGAGAGAGGGAGGCGUGGUAGCUUCUGUCCGGCUCGAGGAUCUCUCAUCACCUCCGGGGUUGGAAACCGACCCUCCAUUUGUCGGCAGUCCGUUGCUCAGUCCAGACUCGAGUUCCCAUGAUGCUGCGCUCUCUGCGCCGGCGGCCUCCCCGGCUGAUUCAGAAAACCUCAGUCCAGAUGAGCUCGAGCUUCUGGCUAAACUGGAGGAGCAGAACAGGCUGUUAGAGGCCGAUUCGAAGUCCAUGCGCUCCAUGAGUGGAUCUCGGAGGAAUAGUGGCUCCUCUCUGGUCUCGAGCUCAUCUGCAUCCUCCAACCUGUCCCAUCUUGAGGAGGACACCUGGAUCUUGUGGGGUCGCAUUGUUAAUGAGUGGGACGAGUGGAGGCGAAAGAAGGACAAACUUCUGAAGGAGCUAAUAAGAAAAGGCAUUCCUCAUCAUUUUCGAGCAAUCGUUUGGCAGCUGUUAUGCAACGCCACCGAAAUGCCGGUGAAGAAUCAGUAUUCCGAACUCUUAAAGAUGUCUUCUCCAUGCGAGAAGCUCAUACGCAGGGACAUUGCCCGCACGUAUCCCGAACACGACUUCUUCAAGGGCCAGGACAGCCUGGGACAGGAAGUUCUGUUUAAUGUCAUGAAGGCCUAUUCUCUCGUGGAUCGAGAGGUCGGCUAUUGUCAAGGCAGCGCCUUCAUCGUUGGGUUGCUACUAAUGCAGAUGCCAGAGGAGGAGGCUUUCUGUGUGUUUGUCAGACUGAUGCAGGAAUACAGGCUUAGAGAGCUGUUUAAGCCCAGCAUGGCUGAGCUGGGUCUCUGCAUUUAUCAAUUUGAACACUUGCUACAGGAGCAGUUGCCCGAGCUGAACGUUCAUUUCCGAUCUCAGAGUUUCCACACAUCUAUGUACGCUUCAUCCUGGUUUCUCACCCUCUUCCUCACUUUCUUGCCCCUGCCGAUAGCCACACGUAUAUUUGACAUCUUUAUGUAUGAGGGUUUGGAGAUUAUAUUUCGAGUGGGAAUAGCGAUACUGCAGUACAACCAGACAGACCUCAUACAGUUAGACAUGGAGGGAAUGUCACAGCACUUUCAAAAGAUGAUUCCCCACCAGUUUGACAGCUGCCCGGAUAAACUCAUCCUGCGGGCGUAUCAGGUCAAAUACAAUCCCAAGAGAAUGAAAAAAUUAGAAAAGGAGUACACCACCAUCAAGAACAAAGAAAUGGAGGAACAGAUUGAGAUUAAGAGACUGCGUACAGAAAACAGACUACUAAAACAGAGGAUCGAAGCACUGGAGAAAGAGAGUGCUGCAUUAGCAGACAGGUUGAUUCAGGGUCAGGUGACACGAGCCCAGGAGGCAGAGGAGAACUAUGUUAUUAAGCGCGAACUGGCCGUUGUUCGGCAGCAGUGUUCGACCACCAGCGAGAGUUUGGAGAAGGCGCAGGACACCAUACGAGAACUUCAGCAACACAAGUGCACAGAGGAGUUCGUGAGCGGGCUGCAGACUCAGUUGGAACGGUCUCGGCUGCAGGAGGCAGAACUGCUCGGCGCGCUGAAAGAAAUGCAAGACAAAGUGCUCGACCUGGAGAAGCGGAACAGCUCUCUGCCGGAUGAAAUCAAUGUAGCUCAGCUUCAGGAGGAGCUCAAGCUUGUGAAACUGAGAGAGCAGGAGACUCUACGCUCCUUCAAAGAGAUGCAGGAGGCCGUUACUGAUCUCAACCACUGCUGGCAGCAUCACACAUCUCGUGGAGGAGGAGGUCACUGGAAGGAAUCUCCAAAGAAGAAUGCGUUGAAUGAGCUGCAGGAUAAACUGAUGAGCAUGAGGCUGCGUGAGGCUCAGACUCAGGCUGAACUCCGAGAGGUCAAACUUAAAAGUCUGCAGCUGGAUAGCCAGAACCAGAUCAAUUGUAAAGCAGUCAGUAGACAUGAGCAGGAGAGCGCCGCCCUGCAGGAGAGACUGCAGAAUGAGCUUUCCUACAACAAAACACUACAAGGUCAAAUGAAUGAAAUGAAGAGAAAGCAGGCAGAGUCUGACUGUAAGAGCAAAGAAGAGGUGAUGGCCGUGCGGCUGAGAGAAGCUGACAGUAUGGCGGCGAUGGCCGAACUCCGACAGAAGGUCGCCGAUCUUGAAAUACAGAAGGAGGAAGGGCUGAUCCAGGGCCAGCUGAACCACUCAGACUCUAGACAGUAUAUAACUCAACUGAGACAGCAGAUCUCUGAACUCAAGGACGAGAUCAGGCAGCUGCGUGGACAGCCCUCCAAGUUCCAGAAUACUGGCGUUUUCCAGGACCUGUGUUUGGCCAGCCCGGCGUCCGCGGAAGGCGAUUAUCCCAGCUCGGACGAGGACCCUCUUCAUGGCCACUUGCCUGUGAGCGCCCUGUACCCACGCCACUCGUCGCCCCAUCUGGACAGUCAGGGUAGCACGGACAGCGACGGUGAGGAACGGAAUCAACUCGAGAAUUCCUGCCAAGACCCUCUGGCCAACCAGCAGCAGCUUUACCCGGGCAUGGUGUGUGCCGAAGGACUGGAAAAUUGA